AUGAUCCAAGAGAACUACAAGGACGGCAGUGAAAAAUACAGCAGCAAAUAUAGAGAAUAUAAUUAUUACAGGAGUUAUAUAAGCGAUAUAAAAGGCAAGUACAUGGGUUUUGGAAACAUGCAAAGGGAUAGCCCCAACGGCAGGUAUUUUAAUGACCCUCGAAGGAACAACAAUUACUACUACCGCAAUCGGGAGGGGAACCUGCACGACGGCGCGUACGGGAAUUCGCACAGGAAUUCGCACAGGAACUCCUACAGGAAUUCAUAUAAAAAUUUGCACAAAAAUUUGCACAAAAAUUUGCACAAAAAUUUGCACAAAAAUUCGUACCAAAAUUCGUACCAAAAUUCGUACCAGAACGGGUACCACGACUCGCACAACCACGUGUACAAUAGCGGCUUCGGCAAUGCGUACGGCAACCCCUACGGGAGCGGCUUCAAGCUGCUGAAGGGGAAAAGAAUCAGGAGCUUCAACAGCACCAGCAACUCCAGCCGGAAAGGAAAGCUCUUUAAAAAAUUUAAAAACUACGAUGUGGACGAAAACAUGAUCAGGGCGUAUAAAAAUGGGAGGAAACGCAGCUACUCGUCCAUGAGGGAGAUAAAUGACAGGGAACAAAGACACCAUAAGGUGUACCUAGAGUCCAAGUACCACCACGAGGAGCAUCAAAAUAAUUAUUUAAAAGGAUUUGACUUUACCAGAAAAAGAAACUACUAUUCGUACAAAAAAAAAUUGUACAAUAGUGAUAGAAGAAACUACGAUACCCACUUUGGACAGGGGAACAUUUUUUACAAUAAUGAGUAUUACCUUUUUAACGACGGCGCUACGUUGAAGAAGAAGAAAAUGUAUUAUGGGAAUAAAAAUAGCUUUCGAACGAAUUCGAGAAGUUAUAAUGGGCACUCUGACAGGAUGAAUAAUAAAAGGAAAGAUUCCAACCGAAAUGGGAAGUACAAAGCGACCGCAGUGCAUCAGAAGGAGACAGGCAGUUUGGGAGGGGGACCAAGUGCAACCAGUGCAACGAGUGCAGCUACGGCGGUGAGAAUUUGCAGCUAUAAGGACAAGGAUGACAAAUCGAAUAAAUCUUUUAAGUUAAAAAAUACCGAUACGACACGAGAUGAUGGUACAGGGAAAUCGGACGUGAGGGAUGAAAUUAUGGGAAGUAGGAGGAACCUCGUCGUGUGCAGUGAUAAGGAAAAAGGCUCUCAGCAAUCGCUGCGUAAGUACACUCGAGGGGUAAGGAAAAGGAGAAAGGCCCCCAGCAGUUACAGCGGUACGAGAAGUGGACGCAGGAGCAGGCGAAGGAGCAGACGAAGAAGUAGGCGAAGGAACGCGCAGCGAAGGAGGCGAAAAAGAGAUAGCCUCAGCAGCAAUGAAGAAACGGGAACGAGUGCUCUAUCACGAAGAGGAAGCAGCUACUCCUCAGUUGAAAAUAAAAAAAAAAACCAUGCCGAUAGGUACAGCAGUGAGUCCUACAGGUAUACCCCCUCAGACGAAUCCACAGAUGAUAUAUCGUCGAGAAAAAAAUACAACCACAAAAGAAACAGAACAAAAUUUUCAGAUAUGGAAGAUAACAACAAUAGGAAGAAAAAAAAAAAAAAAAAAGAAAACUACGAUUCUGAUGACGAAAUUGUACAUUUUAGUUGGAAGAAGGGAAUGGUCCUAAACAACUGUUACGUGGUGAUACGAAAAAUGGGGGAGGGGACCUUCGGGCGAGUCCUCCUCUGUCAGCACAUGGACACGAAGAAGUACUACGCGGUGAAGGUAGUACGGAAUAUUAGGAAGUAUACCAAAUCUGCAAAGAUAGAGGCAGAUAUUUUGAAGAAAAUCCAAAAUGAUGAUUUUAAAAAUAAUAAUAUUGUAAAAUACCAUGGAAGGUUUAUGUACUACGAUCAUAUGUGUCUCGUCUUUGAGCCACUUGGUCCAUCCCUUUACGAAAUUAUCACCAAGAAUAACUACAACGGGUUUCAUUUGGAGGACAUCAGGCUGUACUGCAUCGAAAUGUUGAAGGCUUUAAGUUACCUCCGCAAAAUAUCCCUAACGCACACCGAUUUGAAGCCAGAAAAUAUUUUGCUCGACGACCCCUAUUUUGAGAAAACGUUAGUAAGUGUUAGAAGAGCUACAGAUGGAAAGAGGGUUCAGAUUUAUAGAACCAAAUCUACGGGCAUAAAAUUAAUCGAUUUUGGUUGUGCCACUUUCAAGGAUGGAUACCAUGGGUCUAUUAUAAACACAAGACAGUAUCGUGCUCCGGAGGUUAUUCUAAAUUUAGGUUGGGAUGUGUCAAGUGACAUGUGGAGUUUUGGUUGCGUCUUGGCUGAAAUGUACACAGGGGACCUUUUGUUUAGAACCCAUGAGCAUUUAGAACACUUAGCCCUGAUGGAAGCUAUCGUUCAGCCAAUCCCCAAAAAAAUGAUAUGCGAGGCGGUUAGAACGAAUGGGGCUAAAUAUAUAAAUAGGGAUGGUCUUAGAUUGGCCUGGCCAGAAAACGCCUCUAGUUUUGAGUCCAUUAAGUACGUCAAGAGGUGCCUACCCCUGCACAAGCUUAUAAGGAACGAUUUGUUUUGCGACUUUUUGUAUAGCAUACUGCAGAUCGACCCCGCGCUGAGGCCGGCCCCCGCCGAGCUGCUCAAGCAUAGGUUUCUGCAGGAGAGUUGUGGGUACUACUAG